CAUUUUGCCGGCGUAUUCCAGCUUUAUACAGUACCACGGAGUCAUGUCUAUUUCCAAAGAAUCCGUGAAAUCUUUUUGCAAGGAUUUGCUUGUAGGUGGUACUGCUGCAGCAGUAUCGAAGACAGCCGUAGCACCAAUUGAGCGAGUCAAACUGCUUUUACAGGUCCAAGAUGCAUCAACCCAGAUUUCAGCUGCCCAAAAGUACAAGGGUAUUGGAGACUGUUUUUCAAGAGUAGUAAAAGAACAGGGGUUUGUGUCACUUUGGCGUGGUAACUUGGCCAAUGUUAUAAGAUACUUCCCUACUCAGGCUCUCAACUUUGCCUUUAAAGACAAAUACAAGCAGAUAUUUGUGGCUAGCAUCGAUAAGAAGAAAAAUUUCUGGCGGUUCUUUGCUGGUAACUUGGCUUCUGGUGGUGCUGCUGGUGCAACUUCCUUGUGUUUUGUCUACCCACUUGAUUUCGCCAGAACCCGUCUUGCAGCUGAUGUUGGUAAAGGUGCGGCUGACAGGCAAUUCUCUGGCCUUGGUAAUUGUCUUGCCAAAAUCUACAAGUCUGAUGGGCUCAUUGGUCUGUACCGUGGUUUCAACGUCUCAGUCCAAGGUAUUAUCAUCUACCGUGCAUCUUACUUUGGUUGCUUUGAUACAGUAAAAUCAUUCGUACCACAGAAGUACCAGCGUAAUGUGAUCCUGUCCUGGAUGAUUGCC